UAAAUUUAACUUCUGUAACAUAAUAUGGCCGAGUGGGUACCCGUUCUCAAAGAAACCGCACUCUCCAACAAUAGCUGCUACGGAGCCGGCAUUGCCAACGGAGAGGAUGGAGAGUUGUUUGUGGCUUCGGAUUUGGAUCACGAGGGUUUGCAUUGGGACAGUGUGUAUAAGGAUCCGUACGUGUAUGAGACUUUUGACGACGCUGGGAACCCGCUGAAGAUUAACGUGGACGAGAAGUUCACAAUCCGCGAGGUUUUUGAGAAGAAAAUGUCAAGUGAGGGCAUUUUUUUGGGAGGUGAAAAGUAUACCUUCGCCUCGUAUGACCCGGACAUGGAGAGCGGCUCGUUCAAGUUCGAGUGCGUUUGUGGCGCCAAAAACAAGGGCGGAUGCCAUCUCAUCAAAACACCCGGCAACUACAUCGUCGUCGUAGUCUACGACGAAACCAGAGGACAAGAUAAAACCGUCUCCAGAAUGGCCGCAUUCAACCUCGCUGAAUACCUCGCCACCAACGGAUACUAAUCUUCUUUACAUAUCUUCCCAAUAUUUACCACCAUUUAGUACCAUUUAGGGCUAAUUUAGGGCUUAUUUUGGCGUAUUUUAG